AUGGGAGAGUUCUUUUUUAAUAUUGAUCAUGGAUAUCUGGAGGCUUUGAUUAGAGGUUUCAAGACCGGGCUUCUUACUUCUUCUGACUAUUCCAACUUGGUUCAAUGUGAAACUCUUGAGGGUUUGUUAUCUCUUUUCCCUUUGUUUUCAAUUUUUCGUCUACUAGAAGUAUUUUCUUGUUUUUCAGAUCUGAAGCUUCACAUUCAGUCGACCGAUUAUGGAAACUUUUUGGCUAAUGAGCCUGGAAAUAUUACCGUUCAAGUCAUUGACGAACGUUUGAAGGAGAAAUUGGUAACUGAAUUCACUCAUCUUCGAAAUAAUUCCUUAGAACCUCUGUCGACUUUUCUCGAUUAUAUCACGUAAGUUAUGAAUUAUAUUGUUUAUGUUCCAUUUUUAGUUAUUCUUAUAUGAUUGACAACAUAAUUUUGUUGAUCACUGGUACUCUUCAUCAAAGACCUAUCAACGAGUUGAUCUCCAAAUGCCAUCCUCUUGGUUCCUUUGAGCAGAUGGAGGCCAUUCAUAUAGCAUCGACACCGGCUGAACUUUAUAACGCUGUUUUGGUGGAUACUCCCUUGGGUAAGGCUUAUUUCGACUUUGAUUUAUUUUUCAGCCCCAUAUUUUGUGGAUUGUAUCAACGAGCAAGAUUUGGAUGAGAUGAAUGUGGAGAUUAUCAGGAAUACGUUGUAUAAAGCCUACUUGGAAGAUUUUUAUAAGUUCUGCAAAAAUCUCGGUGGAAAGACAGCUGAAGUCAUGUGUGAGAUCCUUGCCGUGAGUUUUUCUUUACCAGAUCACAGAAUACUUUAUUUGCUGCCAAGUUCAAGUUAUAAUGGUUUUAGUUCGAGGCCGAUCGAAGGGCAAUCAUCAUCACCAUCAACAGUUUUGACACCGAGCUGGCUAAGGACGACAGGGCAAAGUUAUAUCCCCGCUGCGGGAAACUAUACCCUGAGGGUCUGAGUGGUCUAGCCCGCGCGGAUGAUUACGAUCAAGUAAAGCAAGUCUGUGAAUAUUAUUCUGACUACAAAGCCUUGUUCGAAGGCAGCGGAGUGAACCCAGGAGAGAAAACAUUGGAGGACAAAUUCUUCGAAUAUGAGGUCGGUUCUUCUUGUAGUUAUAUUAUUUAUUUAGGUUAAACUAAAUGUACAAUCAUACCUUCACCAAUUCCAUUUCGGUGUAUUUUACGCUUUCAUAAAGCUGAAGGAACAAGAAAUGCGGAACAUAAUCUGGAUAGCUGAAUGCAUCGCCCAACGACACCGAACCAAGAUCGAUAACUACAUUCAAAUCUUGUAA